GUAUUGUUACUUUCCCUGGAUGGGUGACUCGAGCAGUUCGUCCGCUGCUUUCUCCAUAGGCAAAACUGAGCUUCCUUCCAAAGAGAGUGUGAGAUAUUUUAUCAUAAGUUACCAGAGAAAGAGCUUGGCAGGCCAUACAGGGAACCGGUGGCGUUGGAGUGGUAGAUAUAGCUGUGCUGCAGAAACAAUACGAUAAUGAGUGGAGGCCGAAACCUACAGUAUAUUCCCCAGGCUGUGCCGAAGUUUCUUCAGCAGUUCAAGCAGCAGACAGGUUACAAAGAGGGACCAACGGUACAGGAUAAAUUCGCAGGCGACCAGCCAUGUGUGGAUUCCGAUCAUGAGAAGAGUGAUGACGAGGGACCUGUCGUAGUUGUGCUGAAGCCGGGCGACUUGACGAAAGCAGAAGCCGAGAAAAUCAUGGGCAAAAAGAGGAAAAUAGGAGAUGACAGUGAGGAUGAUGACGACGACAGCGGCAAGGUAAAGUUUCGGCAACCAAAGAAGAAGACGAAAGACAAGGAGAAUGGCAGUGGCUCGGAGCCAGAGACAAAGGCGGCCACUGAAGAGAGCAAGAAUGAGAAGCCUUCCAAGAAGAAGAAAAAGAAACGCCCGCCCAAUGGUCCCAAGAAUCUAAGCCUCUUGUCGUUCGACGAAGGCGAAGACAGAUAGGGAAUAUUCUAGUAGACUACAGCGAUGGAAUGGAGCGUGUGGGUUAUUUAUUGUCUACUCUGUAUCAGCUACUACCUAUCUGGAAUAUUUAAAAAACCACUUUCUACCAUAAAAAGUUGAACAAUUCAUACCACGAAAAGUAAAUGUCAUAAAACUAGGUACAUGAUUGUAUUGCUUGGUGUGUGCAGGCACACACACACAUUACUACUCUACUUCUUUACUGUUGAGCUGGAUUUUAAUGCUUUUAGCCAUUCUCAUGUAGAUAGCAUACGCACGCAUGCACACACACGCACGCACACACGCACGCACGCACACACACACACACACACACACACGGUGCAAACAGCACAUGCUUAUAAUUUUAUAAAGCAUGUCACUGCAUGUCAUGCUAAUUCUACGUGUCACAAUGACAUUGAAGUCCCAUCUGAAUACCCAUACCGGUAUUUUCUUGAUGUUCACGUUGUACAUAUUAUAUAUACUGGAGAGAAGGUUGAGACGAUGGAUUGCCUGUGUCAAGCUGUUUUGAUUGUUUCACGUCAUGCAAUGAAUUUGUCAGUAUGGUACAUGUGUACUGACUUUUCCAGUGCAAAUUGUACAUGCACUUCCCUUU